AUGUCAAAUCUUACAAAAUUGGAUUUUGGGGCUCUUGAUAUUUCGGGAAAGAACUAUUUGACAUGGGCCCUAGACGCCCAAAUUCAUUUAAGCGCAGAAGGUCACGGUGACACUAUUAAAGAAGGAAAUAAAUCAUCUGAUCAACAAAAGGCAAAAGCCAUGAUAUUCCUUCGUCGUCACCUUCACGAGGAUCUUAAAAAUGAGUAUCUUACCGAUUUUAAAAGUGUAAGUGAUUAUAAUUCUGCAAUGUUUAGAAUAACUUCUAAGUUAUUAUUAUGUGGAGAAAAAGUAACUGAUGAAGAUAUGCUAGAAAAAACAUUUUCCACUUUUCAUGCAUCCAAUGUGCUCCUGCAGCAGCAGUAUCAAGAAAAGGGGUUUAUUAAAUAUUCUGACCUAAUAUCUUGUCUUCUUGUGGCUGAGCAAAAUAAUGAACUAUUGAUGAAAAAUCACGAGGCCCGUCCCACUGGUACAACUCCAUUCCCACAAGUGAAUGUGGCAAGGCACGACCACUAUAGGAAAAAUCGUGGUCGCGGUCGUGCAUACGCACGUGGACGUGGUCGUGGUCGUAAUUAUGCUCAUGGUCUUGGUUUUGAUCGUGGUCGCAAUGGGAAUCAUAAAAACACAUAUUUCCACCCGAAGUGGAAAAAUGUUGAAAAGAAUGAAAAAGAGGGUCAGAGUAGCAAAACAAAUGAAAAUAUUUGCUAUCGUUGUGGAGGAAAAGGUCAUUGGAGUCGCACUUGUCGUACUCCAAAACACCUUGUUGAUCUUUAUCAAAAAUCACUGAAAAAUAAAAAGGAAAAGAUCGAGACUCACUUUGCUAAUGAAGAUGAUGAUCCAGAUUAUGGUAAUAUGGAUGUUACCCAUUUAGAUAUUGGUGACUUCUUUGCUGAUCCAGAUGGAAAAAUUGAUCACCUUAUUGGAGAUGGAAGCGUCAAGAAAUAA